ACGACGGUGCAGACCCACAGGCGGAGGUCUUACAUAAAGAGAUCCUCCCAGGACUUCUUGCUUUCCUGUGCCAAAGUGGAGAUGCUUUAACUUGUGGAAUAGGAAUAGUUGUGAUAGUUUGGAGACUUUUCUCUGGUUUGGAGCAACUUUUACGCACAGCUCCAAAGUGUUUUACGCACAGAGGACUAACUUUAUGGGGAUCUACCGUCGUUUUUCUUUAUCCAAAAGGGUUUUUUGUGUUUUUCCAGGGAUGUAAAUCAACAAACUUGGAUCUGGUAAAGUGAGCUUGAAUAACAAGGAGAAAGCCACUUUUUUCUUUAAUUGUUUUUAACUUAUUUCUGAGUUGUGAGCGUCACCAUGCUGGCCAACACGGCGCUUUACGCAGCGAAGAAACGGAAGAAGCCGGUCCAGAAGAUACCCAAACCGCCUCCUCCCGAUGGCAUCAAGUCCAACCCGUCCAAACGGCACCGCGACCGGCUCAACGGCGAGCUGGACAAGCUCACCAGCCUGCUGCCGUUCACCGAGGACGUCCGGGCUCGGCUGGACAAGCUGUCGGUGCUCCGCCUCAGCGUCGGAUACCUGAAGGUCAAGAGCUUCUUCAACGCCACCAUGAAGAAAGGCCAGAACGGCUCCAGCUAUUCCAGCGAGCGGAGCCUCAUGUUCGGAAACGUUUCGAACGCGCUGACUCCGUCCACCUCCACCUCCACCUCCUCUUCCACCGCCGCCUCCUCCACACAGGUGACCUCCAUCGACGGAGUCGGCUUCAGUGAGGGCGACCUGCUGCUUCAGGCGCUGAACGGCUUCGUGUUGGUGGUGACGGCUGAAGGCUACAUCUUCUACACCUCCCCCACCAUCCAGGACUUCCUGGGCUUCCACCAGUCGGACGUCGUCCACCAGAGCGUCUUUGAGUUGAUCCACACAGACGACCGAGCUCUCUUCAGACGGCAGCUUCACUUCGCUCUCAACCCGAAUACCAGCCAGCAGGACGGCGACACGGAGCUUCUCAUUGAUCAGAGCUCGGCGGAGGUCAGCAGCAACGUGAUGACCUAUGACCCCCAGGCCGUCCCUCCAGAGAACUCGUCCUUCCUGGAGAGAAACUUCUGCUGCCGUUUCCGCUGCCUGCUGGACAACUCCUCCGGCUUCCUGGCCCUGAACUUCCGCGGCCGCCUGAAGUUCAUCCACGGACAGAGCCGUGUGUCGGAGGACGGGACGUUGAUUCCUCCGCAGCUCGCUCUGUUCUCCAUCGCCACGCAGAUGCAGACGCCGUCCAUCCUGGAGAUCCGCACCAAGACGCUGAUCUUCAACACCAAACACAAGCUGGACUUCACCCCCAUGGGCAUCGACACCAGAGGGAAGAUGGUUCUGGGUUACAAUGAAGUGGAGCUCUGCAUGAAAGGUUCAGGAUACAACUUCAUCCACGCUGCAGACAUGAUGUACUGCGCCGACAACCACGUGAGAAUGAUGAAAACCGGAGAAAGCGGCUUCACCGUCUUCAGGCUUCUCUCCAAAACCGGGUUGUGGAUCUGGGUCCAGGCCAACGCCAGGCUGGUCUUUAAAGCGGGGAAGCCGGACUUCAUCGUGGCCCGGCAGAGAGCUUUGAUAAAUGAAGAAGGGGAGGAGCAGCUACGCCUCCGUCGGCUGCAGUUGCCGUUCAACUUCACCACUGGGGAGGCCAUGCUUUACGACAUCGCUCCGACCAUCGACACCCCCGACCCUUGCUCCGCCCCCAAGCAGAGGAAGCUGGACGAUUACACCGUCAGCCGCGAGUCCAUGCUGGGCUGCAUGCUGAGUCAGGACCAGUCUCUCUACUGUGACCACAACAAGAGCAACGCCCUCAACACCCUCAACGACGCCGCCUUCAAGGAAUCCCACGCCACCGUCAACGUUCCCGGAGACAUGUGGGAGCUCCCCAAACCGGCCGUGGGGAGCCUGGUGAAGUCCGAGGCCACGGUGCAGGACAUGUUGGAGACCCUGCAGCAGAUCCUCGGGGAGAACGACAUCAGCGAUACCCUGGACGUCGGGCCCGAGGAGCUGAAGAGCUGGGAGAGCACGCUGCUGAAGAUGAGCAGCAGCAGCUUCGAGAUGAACGACAACCUGGACGACAUCCUCAGCAACGACAUCCUGACCUACGUGGAGGAGCAGCUGCAGAGGGAGGGCGGGCUCAAGCUGCCGGAUCAGCUGGACGACAUACCGGACUGCCUUCCUGCUUUGGAUCUCCAGAACCAGAUCCCUGAGCAGGAGCAGAACUUCGUUUGGCCCCCGGAGCCCCAGAACCUGCUGAUACCAAACGGAGGGCAGAUGGUGGCGGGACAAGUACCUCCAGUCCUGGGGAACAUGAAACUGACCCACAUGGAUCUCCCUCAGCUGGGUUUCAACGGUCCGACCCUUCAGCAGACCACUUCUGUCGGUCUCCCACUGGGAACCACUCCAGUUAUCUUCAACCCCUCCAUGGCGGCUCAAACACAGAACCAACUCAGAACCCUGCAAGUCGCCGCCAAGGACAACAACCGCGGAGCGUUCUCGCUCAGACAACCUUCAACCAAUCAGAUUCUCCCAAACCAAACGGCUCAACCACUGCAGAGCCACCUGCAGAUGAGAACGCCGAACGUACCGACCGGCCUCCAGGACCAAAGCGCCAAAAGACAGUUAACUCCCGUGUUCAACUUUCAGGGAAACCAGUGGAACUCGUCCUCGACCUCCAACUCAAACCAAGCAGACAGCUUUGUAGAAACGUACACCCAAAAUAUUUCAAGUUUCACCGCGGAUUCCUCGUUGAGCUGCGUUCAGGGCCGCUUUGCACUUAAGACACAAAACAACGGCAAUCAGAGACAGACGUGGUCUCUGGAGCAGCAGCUGAUCUCAGGUGGACCCGAACAGAUGGGCGCCCACCUCAACCAAACCGCAGGAUUUCAGAGGAAUCCUCUGCACGCCAUCAACGGCGGUCCGAUGUUCAGGACUCCAGAGACUCCAAACGUACCGUUUCCUGUGCAGCAGGUUGCUGAGCCGCCGCCUCCAGCCCCCCCGAGCAGCUGUAUGUUCAGGAACGCCCCCACGAACGGAGUCCACCUCAGCCAGCGACUGAACCCCGCCGGCAACCCGAUCCCCUCCAAGCCCUCCUGCUUCUACCAGGGUCUGCCCAGAGGGGGCGCCGUGCCGGGGAUGACGGCGGUGCCGGGGAUGACGGCGAUCCUGAAUCCCGACGAGGCGGCGCUGUCCUGCCUGAUGCCGGCUGCUCUCGACCCGGACGGCCUUCUGAUGCAGCAGCAGCCGUACCUGAACUUCAGUGAGCAGACGCAGAUCAACAGCCGUCCAGUGGUCGGUAACGGAGGCUUCCCUUUCUCCUCGCUGCCCAACGGGAACGCCUACUACUCAGCGAACCAAUAGGAAUCAGCCGCUGUGACUUCUGGACUGAAACGAAAGUUUAAAAAGGAAACAGAAAGACUCGUGUCUCGAAACGUGAAAGUGGAUCAGACUGAAGAACAGAAGUGUUGGAGGAGGACGAGCAGACCCAGCAGGACGCCUCUCUUUGCUCUUUUCUCUUCUUAUCAGGAAACAGUGAUGGAGGCUCUUUGGUUCAGGAUGUCUGCUCUGUGAGGAGGAAAAAUAAAUCUGUGUGGAGUUUGUUUUCUAUCAAAGAAAAAAGCAUGAAUUCCCUCUUUGGAGCUGGAUGGAUUAUACUAAACAAAAACCAAAAAAACGGAUGUUUUGCAAUCGCGAUCAAGCUGGAGAAACGUGAACAGGAGAACGUUGAUGGAUGGAAGUUCGUCUGUGCUGCUCUCUAUCGGAGGUCAGCGCCUUAGUCCUCAUCCCUGAAGUCUUUCCUCUUCCCACAUACUGUACUAACACACAAAUCUAACUUUGUGUGUGUCCAAGUACGUAAUGGAGCAUCUUCUUUGACUCAAUGUGCUCAUUACUGCCCCCUGUGGCCGCAGAGCAGAAAACACCCUCUGCAACUAUUUUUUAGUUAACGCUUCAGAGACAAACCCACCUGCAGAUUUAUGAUUUCUGACAUAUUCACAGAGAUACGUUUGGGUCAGUCGUGGUCGUUAAUCGGCCUCCUCUGACGUAUGAAGGUAGUGUGUGUGGAACAUGAUGGAUUGGAAGAAGAUGUUUGAUGUUAAGAGGACCUGCAAAAGUGCUUCAGAGGAAAAUGCAUCAUUUAAUGUCCUGGAUCUCCUCGACGGAUGUCUUGAAAAGUGAAAUAUUUUACAAACAAGAGAAACGGCUCAGCAGGUUUGGUGAAAUCUGAAUGUUUGACCUGAAAAGAGAAACGAUCCUCCGCUGCCUCCUACGCACAAACGCCAUACUCCCUAAACCUGUUUUCUAUUUGAGCGCUCAGAAGGAUAAAAUAUAUAUCUACUUUAUUUGUUUUUUUUUGUUGUUGCUGUUUUGUCCUUUUGAAAAAAGCGUCUUGAUUUACUUUCAUUUCAACUCUUUGAAUUUUUGAUUUGCUUUGCAGGCAGGGUAUUAAAAAAGAAAACGCACAACAAAAUGAUUCAGUGGAAACAUCUUCUUAGUUAGUGCCUUCUUUUCUAUAUAUUUUAAAAAGCAUUCAGUCAGAGCUUUAACACUGAGCCAGAUAUUCUUUGUUCUUUAAUAUUCCUGUGUUGUUGUUUUCCUGUUGUAGGGAGAAAGAAAAAAUACAGAAAGUGCCUUAGUCUGUUGAAAUACAAAAACAUUUCCACCGGGAAUAUUAGCAAAAAAAGAAAAAGGUGUAGUGGAAAUUAGAUAUUUGAUUUAAACCAAACUCGCCCUCGCCUUAAACUUCACAGAGCCAGGUUGUGAGAUUGUUUUUGCACUAUUCCUUUAAAGUGUUUGCCAAAGCGUAGUGAGGAGAAAUAAUCCACAAAAACAAGAGCUUUAUCCUCCAGAUUAUGUCUUACUUUAAUAGAACUUAAAUUACUAAUCGUUAAAGAGAGUGUUUUAAAUAUGCCCUGACUGAGAGUCAAAGUUAAGGACACUGCCUUAAGAUUGAUUUUAAAACCAGUUUUCUUUUUUUAUCCAAACAUGAAAGUCAACCUGAAAAUGAACGACCAGGAUGUGAAUCAGUCUCCGCGUUAGAUACUGAUCUGAGAGAGGACCCUUUCUUCGUUUCUCCGUCCUCUUCCUCUUUCCUGUUUCCGUCUUUGUGAUUAAUUUAUCGUCGUUCUUGCUCGGAUCGGGAGCGUCGACGAAAACGUCCGGCAGCGAAAAAACACAGAAGUAAAAACGGUUUAAAGGCAGCUAUUGUAUUUUUUUUUUAUGAGGAAAAAAAAUGGAAAAAAUGAACACUUCACAAGUGCCUUUUUAAUUGACCUCUUUUUGAUUGUCUGUUUAUUUUUAACAAACAACACAAAUCAGCACUUACAUUGAAAAGCAACAACAUGAGAGAGCCUCAAACUGCAAGAAACGAGCGUCGCUUCAUCCAGUACUGAGCCAUGACAUCUGAUUAUAGCUUUGUCACUAGUUAUCAGCACUUAUGUACUUUUUUAAAGAUCAGUCCUUCUAGAAUAAGUAGGUUUCAGCCGGUUUUAGAAACUGCAAAAGACCAAAGUAGUGACAGCGGACUUAAACGCCAAAAAGAAGCCAUCUGUGAUGUUGAAUUCUGCAGGAUACCAAAGGGAAAGACUCCAAACUGUGACGGUUUCACGAACACAGGAGACGAUUUCUGCACAUAAAGCAGCAGGAAAAGACAGAAUGAUUGUAGUUAAAGAUGGUUUGACAUUCACUAGUUAGAAAUGUGCUGCGUUCAUGUCCCAAGUUUCCAGUCGCACCUCAAAGUGGCGUUACUAACCGAAUAUAUUUGGAUUUUAGACAUUUUAAAAGAAGAAUCAGUCAAUUUUAUAGACAAACAAUGAACAUAAUUACUUUAUUAAUGAGACAAAUCAUGUUUUGUAGUUUUAAUUACGAUUCAGAGGUCGACAUGAACACCAUUGUCCCAAAUACUGCACAAUAUUCGUCACUGUACACCGUUUUAGCAGUAUUCAAACAGGAAGUAGAAUGGAUUUGGGACACCCCUUGUGCCUUUUUGAAAGGCAUUCUGGGUAAUGCAGUAGAGCACUGACUCCAGUAGUAAAGGAUCCAGGUUGGGUUACAGUUUGUUUUGAUUGCUUUGGCUCAAUUUUAAAAACAUAACGUGCAAAACUUUCAAUUUUAGGCUUGAAAUGUCAUCAAGCAUGACUCAUAAAAACAUCUGCUGUAUAUCAGAUUUAAUCAUCAAGAUUAUUUGGUUGUUGUCGUGGUAACGCCGUCAAACAAAAGCAGAUCUCACGAAAGUGAAGUUGUUUUUCUCAAAAAUGAUACAAGAAACUUAUAUAUAUAUAGUUAAAAAGUGUUUAAAAUGAUGCAUACUUUACUUUCAAAAGCACUUCAGUUUGAAAAUUGAGCCAGAGGAAUUAUAAAAAAUAAAAAGUGAAUUGUAAUCAAUCGACAGCAGAUUCCCCCAAAAAUAAAACCCCCCAAAAACAUCAUCACAGAUGGAUUUGUGUUCAACACAGGCUGAAUUUAAACGACUCAGUACAACAUGAAGCUCUUGUUUCCGAGGUGUCGGACCUUAAACGCCUCUUUAAAAUCCAGAGUGCUUUCAAUUCAAUCACAAAAGUAUUCAUAUAGAAAUAUAAAAUAUAUCUUGUUGCUUGCUUCUAGAUGAAAAAAAAAAAAGCCUUUGUACUUUAUUAUACUUUUCAAUCCCCUGGAGGCCAAGGCUCCAAAUUGCAGUAUCUUUGUGUACCUGUAUAUAAAUAUAUAUAUUUGUCUCUUUUUGUUUUGUUCAUUUACGUAUUGUCCUGUAAUGUGUAUUUUAAUGUCAUAUUGCCUUAACCUGACUCACGCCUUCUUCAUAUUUUGUACAUUCUCUGCACAGCAUAUACAUGUUAGCCUCUUGUUAUGAUGUUGUUUUUGUAACUUUUCAAAAUAUUAUAUCUUGUGAAUUUGCCUUCAAUAUUUUGUGCCUCUAACAGUGUAUUGAGUGUUUGAGUCAAUCUUUUCAUGCUCACCGUAUUAAAGGUGAUCUGAUCA